GCACGAGAUUCACCAGUUACCUCAAUCUCAGCUGAUUCAAACGCUUCAAAAGAUCGAACACAGUCAUCUAAAAAUCUCAACAAACGCCCGCAUCGACCCUCAGAAGAUAGCGACAGCGACCAGGAGGGAUUGAAACGAGGCAAAACAUCUCAGGCAAUACCUGGCUGGGAACAAAGUCCUGCGUUAUCAUGCUUGUUUUAUAAGCUAAACCCGCACAUUUAUUCCACGUGCACGACGUUUCGAGGAAGAAAUAUCAGUGCAUUAGGCGCGCACCUCAAAUCCAACCAUGCUGGUGAUCUUCACUGUUGCCAGUGUUGUAUGCGCUUCAAAAAUAGACAGCAGCGAACCGCCCAUCGUAUUCACUGCCUUCCGACCGGAGGUGCAUGUGUAUGUACGAUAUUACCCUUGCGAAAAACCCAAGGGGUUGAUCCAGUCGAGAGAUGGGAAGAGACAUGGCAUGCACUCUUUCCCCAUCUGCGAAAGCCUACAAGCCCUUGGUGGAGCGAGAAUAUCCUUUGUGAGCAAAUCACCUUGUCAAAUCUUAAGAGGAUAUGGAAAGCAAGCCGUAAUAAGAUGACCAAUAUCAACAUGAACGAUGUUCUCGCCGUUCUCUCGGAGUGGGUGACUACUCCGCCGGAUCACCUGCCAAACUUACAAACCUUCAAAUCCCAGAUAGCUUUGCGUCUAGCCAACGACAGUCAACCCAAUUCGGGUCACAUACUCUCGACUCCUCCGCCAGCUUCCUAUACUUCGAACGUCAGUGAGUUUAUAGGGACCGCUGACCAACACGGCAAACAAGAUUUCGAUAUAACACAGGCAGAGAGAGGAUCUAAUUGUCCGAGUGUAGACAUGGGUACGACAACUGUCAAUGAAUUGAGUAGUCCAGUUCCUCAAGCCAGUCUAUCCAGUAUCGCCAUUUCACCCCAUGGUCCUGCAGCGCCUUUUAAAGAUGCACACAACACGAAUGUUUUAUAUCCGGAUUUCUCAAAUGUGCUGGAAGCUGAAGAGCCCCAGGCAUGUGGGAGUAACUCGGCUAGGACCUUUUCUACUAACACUCUAUCCCCAACAGACUAUUUUCAAAUCAAUACUACUGAAAGGGACAAAUUGAAUUCUAUAUCUGGCUUUGGAGAAAACAAUUCGCAGUAUUCGACAGCACAGGAUGUUAUCGAUACCCACUGGUCAGACUUAGAGCUUGGACCUGGCUUCUUUGAUCAAGCAGGGGACGUGGAUUCUGGGGAAAAUAUGAUGAUGAUGGAGCAAACACUCAUCUAAUGGUGACUACUCUGUGGAACAGCAAAACGCUUCUGAAGGUCAAAGAUAUGGGGUACUUGUUUUAAAUAUGAUUUGCUGUUCCCCAAGGCUUCGGCGGUGCCUGUCGGGGAUAUGACAGUUUUGCGAACCGCGAUGCACAAUAUUUAAACCC